AUGUUACGAUUUGCCGUACAAACUCACUUGCCCAAAUUCGACACCGUCAUUCAGAACGGAAACACUUGUGAUAAACAACAACAACAUCAACAACAACAACAACGACGACAUGAACAUCAUCAAUUACGGCAACGGCAACUUCAACAACAAAAUUACAAAUUGCAUAAUGAUCAUGAUUACAACCAAAAACAACAAAUUAUAAACUCAAAAUUUACAAACUGUAUCGAUGAGAACAACGAGAACAACAAAAACGUUGACAACAAGAAAGCCAAAUACAACGCAGUAAGUGUGCCGGUGACAAUCUCAGAUAAUCACAACGACAGCAAAACUAAUAACCACAAUGGACAGACAUUGAACAAACUAUCAGUUAAUAACAUCAACAAUAUUUCAAACAACAGAACAAAACCCAGCAACCAUGAAGACAACAUUGGUGCCAUCACAGUUGCAACCGGCAAUAAAAAUAAUAACUCCAUCGUCUUGAAUACCAACAACUCUUGCAACAUAAAUAACCACAAAAACCACGUUGAUGACCUACACAAAUCCGAUGCUUUCGUGACCAACGACACUACCAACAACAACACUACCAACAACAACACUACCAACAACAGCAGCAGUAGCAGUAUUAACAACACAAACAACAACAGUCCUACUAGCAAGAAGAGCGCCAUCAAAAGAUCAAAGUUCAAACGCAAGAUAGCGUACAGCAGGGAGACCAUCAUCGAGCAACAGAAGCGUAGACAGGCGCUACAAAAGCGCAGCAUGUCUAUCGACGAGGGUGUCCAGGGUGAUGUGAGCGAUGACGUUGCGGCUGAUGACUUUGUAUCUGGCUUCCGCUGGAGUCUCAGGUCUGUCGACAGUUACGUUAACAACUUCAACAAAAAGAACAGCAACACCAUUGGUAACAAGAGCAUCUGCAACAACAACAACAACAACAUCGGCAGCAACGCCACUAGUAGUUCGUCGUUGAACGAUUUCGUUGACGACGACGGUGAUGAGGAUGAUGAUAUCGACCUUGAUGACGUUGACCUUGAUCCGGAAAAACCCAGCAAUGUGAUAAACAACAACAAAAACGUAAACCCGAACAGCGUGAACAACAACAACGACGACGAGCAAUGCAAAUUGCCGGGAAUAUUUUCAGCCGAAAGAGAAGCACCACCAUCCUCCACAUCCAUUUCAGCGCCUUCAUCGAAGCUGCAGUUGUCGUCGCAACAGCGGGCAACAUCUCUCACAAUUGCAACCACGUCAACAAAAAUUAUGACAACAACAACAUCAACAACUGCAACAACAUCAUCAACAACAACAACACCUGUGUUGAGUAAACCACCCUUAUCUCCAACAUCGUUAUUCAAUCAUCAACAUCACCUUCAUCAUCUUCAUCAUUAUAAUCAUCCUUUAGGCAGACAUAAUGCUAAAAUAACUGUCCCACCACCAUCAUCACCAUUAUCAUCGCCAUCUUCGUUUUUAACCGCUGUAACUAACUUAUUCACCAUUACGAAAACUCCAUCUACAUCAUCAUUAUCAUCAGUGACUUCAGUACAAUCAUCAUCGUUAUCGUCAUCAACUCGCAAACAACUGCACAACAUCACAUUAACGAAACCGUCUAAAGGACCGAAAAAACUCGGUUUUACGAUAGUCGGCGGUGUCGAUUCCAACAAAGGUCCGGUUGGAAUAUUCGUAAAGACGGUUCACAGCGAUGGCAUUGCAGGAGCAACCGGGCAAUUGGUCGAAGAGAGCGAUGAAAUACUUUCGGUGAACGGAUCAGCCCUGACUAACGUAAGCCACAAGCAAGCUGUCGAUCUGAUCAAGAGUUCCUGGCGAGCUGGCCAGCAUAAGAAGUUGGAGAUGAUGCAUGCUAACAAAAUCAACGAUCACAUUGACACUUCUGACGACAUUAAUAACGAAAACAACAAUAACAGCCAAAAUAACAUCAGCAACAUUAACAGGAUGAACAUAAAUGACUUGAACAACAACAACAGCAACUCUGACAUUCUUUUUGAGAAAAACAACAUAACCAACCAAAACCUAACAGAAAAUAACAAACUUAAUGUUGAUAACAUCCUCUGCAAAGUCGAUGAUAACCAAAUAAAAAUCAAAAAAGACACAUCAGUCUUAGUUCAUUCAGUAACUCUAAAUAAUGCAAUUAUACUUUCAAAAAAUGUUGAAGUUUGCAACGACACCAACAACAACAACAAAAAAAUUUUAAAUCUCAACAGCCCGAACAAUAACAACAACAUUGGCAACACCAACAUCGGCAACAACUUUCACAACAUUUCAGAAUUAACUGCAAGACUGCGAGAGCUUUCAACUAAACUGGCGAUCGACACCAACGAUAAAGGAAGCAACAGCAAAACUAAGAACAAUUUAAAAAUUUUAAACAACAACAUUAAUUUUUCCAGCAACAACAACAACAACCACUACAACAACAAUAGCCUCACUACACACAACAUUAAUAACAUCAACAACACUUCUCCGUCGUACUCCAUCACCAAGUUAAAUCUCAACAAAACUACAAUAUCAUCUCCACCGAUCAAAAAACCACCAUCAUUAUCACUAAACUCUUCAUCAUCAUCAUCAUUUUCAUCUUCAACGUUCAAACAUCAUCUCAAUGAUGACGAUGAUGAUGUUAAAACUGAUGAUAAUACUGAUAACAACCAUGAAGAUGAUGAUAAUGACAUCAAGAGGAAUGACGACGAUGAUAACGAUAAUCGCGUCCAGACUAAUUACGAUAAGGAUGAUAAGGAUGCUAAUAUUAACGAUGAUGAUGUGGACAAUUAUGGUAAUAUUAAUGAUGAUGGUGAUGCUGAUAAGAACGACGUGGAAGAUAGUGAUGAUAAAAAUGAAGUUUAUCAUUACGACCCAUCACUACUUGAUGCAUUGAAACUGGAGGAGCUUUCCAUAGUUGAAUAUUAA